ACGAUAGCAAGAAAGAGAGAAGCGGCGCGUAGCGGAAAUCGCAUGUAGAGGCGGCGUGGAGUCCAAUUUUUGGAGAACGCGGCUGUACGACGUUGCGGUUUUCGGACGUAGUCGGACGGAGGGAAAAAUAAACAAACAAACUAUUGGAGCAGGUAGCGAGCAGCGUGGGAAAGACGGCGAGAGCGCGACGGCUUAGCGCAGAGGCGAAAGCGCGGAAGAUGUCAAAUUGCCGCUAACCAAAGGAAUAAUAAUAAUCACAAGAAAGGGGAUGAGUCGGUAAGGGACUCAGCAAGGGUUUAAAGGGGCACACAUGCAUACAUCUAGCUAGAUAAGCGGCCCCGGUUUUUAAUAAAUAAAUAUAUAAAUAAAUAAAUUAAACAGAGAGAACAGUAAAAGCGAGUACAUGCAGCAGACGACACGGGCAUUCCGCCGACGGCCGCUGGCGCAGCAUUUUGCGGGACGCGCGAACUGCCUCCCCAUUGGCCAGAGAGGCGCCUCCGUCGUGGCCGGCGUGCGAGCGCCGUAUGCAAGCAUCAGUCGCUCGCUCGCAUCGCAUUCCAGCAGAGGUAGCAGCUAUGUCAGGCAGAGGAAAAGGUGGCAAGGGUCUCGGCAAAGGAGGAGCCAAGCGUCAUCGCAAGGUUCUUCGGGACAACAUCCAGGGCAUCACCAAGCCUGCUAUCCGCCGUCUGGCUCGCCGCGGUGGCGUGAAGCGCAUCUCUGGACUCAUCUACGAGGAGACCCGUGGAGUGCUCAAGGUAUUCCUGGAGAACGUCAUCCGCGACGCUGUGACUUACACCGAGCACGCCAAGCGCAAGACGGUGACUGCGAUGGACGUCGUGUACGCCCUCAAGCGCCAGGGCCGCACCCUCUACGGCUUCGGUGGCUAAGCGACUCGCUCCGCGGAUAUCCAGACC